UCUCGUCGUCGCAGCAUUUCCUGUUCGGAUUAUCUCUCGCUUCUCCCCAGCUGCCUCCUUCCCCUCACACUCCCACUCGCGCCUGCUCCUCUGCGUCCUCGGUCGAAGCUGCUCUCGGCCCGGGCCGGUUCCCCCCCGCCUGGGGACGCCCCUUACCUCGGCUCCCGGGGUGCGGGGGAGCCCCGCCGCGACCAUGAGGAAAUUCAACAUCAGGAAGGUGCUGGACGGCCUGACCGCCGGCUCGUCCUCGGCCUCGCAGCAGCAGCAGCAGCAGCAGCACCCACCUGGGAACCGGGAGCCCGAGAUCCAGGAAACGCUCCAGUCCGAGCACUUUCAGCUCUGCAAGACUGUUCGCCAUGGAUUUCCCUAUCAACCCUCGGCCCUGGCCUUUGAUCCUGUACAGAAGAUCCUGGCAGUGGGAACUCAGACUGGUGCUUUAAGGCUCUUUGGUCGUCCGGGAGUAGAAUGUUACUGCCAACAUGACAGUGGAGCUGCGGUAAUUCAGCUUCAGUUCCUGAUAAAUGAGGGAGCUCUUGUGAGUGCCUUGGCUGAUGACACCUUACAUUUAUGGAAUUUACGUCAAAAGAGACCUGCCAUACUACAUUCACUUAAAUUUUGCAGGGAAAGGGUUACAUUUUGCCAUCUGCCUUUCCAGAGUAAGUGGCUCUAUGUGGGCACUGAACGAGGUAACAUACAUAUUGUCAAUGUGGAGUCCUUCACACUCUCAGGCUACGUCAUUAUGUGGAAUAAAGCCAUUGAAUUGUCAUCUAAAUCUCACCCAGGGCCUGUUGUCCAUAUAAGUGAUAAUCCAAUGGAUGAAGGAAAGCUUUUGAUUGGCUUUGAAUCUGGAACAGUAGUGUUAUGGGACCUCAAGUCAAAGAAAGCAGACUAUAGAUACACCUACGAUGAGGCUAUCCACUCUGUUGCUUGGCAUCAUGAAGGAAAACAAUUUAUUUGCAGUCAUUCAGAUGGCACCUUGACUAUAUGGAAUGUGAGAUCCCCUGCGAAGCCUGUGCAGACCAUAACUCCACAUGGAAAACAGUUAAAGGAUGGGAAGAAGCCAGAACCAUGCAAACCUAUCCUCAAGGUGGAAUUCAAAACGACUAGAUCUGGGGAACCUUUUAUUAUUUUAUCAGGAGGCUUGUCAUAUGAUACUGUAGGAAGGAGACCUUGCUUAACAGUGAUGCAUGGGAAAAGUACCGCAGUGCUAGAGAUGGACUACUCAAUUGUUGACUUUCUGACGCUGUGUGAGACGCCAUACCCAAAUGAUUUUCAAGAACCAUACGCUGUGGUGGUUCUACUAGAAAAGGAUUUAGUACUAAUAGACCUUGCACAAAAUGGAUAUCCUAUAUUUGAAAAUCCCUACCCUUUGAGUAUACAUGAAUCCCCUGUUACAUGUUGCGAAUAUUUCGCUGAUUGUCCUGUGGACCUUAUUCCUGCACUUUAUUCUGUUGGAGCUAGACAGAAACGUCAAGGCUACAGCAAAAAGGAAUGGCCCAUUAAUGGAGGUAAUUGGGGCUUGGGUGCUCAAAGCUACUCAGAAAUAAUUAUUACAGGGCAUGCUGAUGGGUCGAUUAAGUUCUGGGAUGCUUCUGCGAUAACUCUACAAGUAUUAUAUAAACUAAAGACAUCUAAAGUAUUUGAAAAGUCAAGAAAUAAAGAUGAGAAGCCAAACACAGACAUUGUAGAUGAGGAUCCAUAUGCCAUUCAGAUCAUCUCCUGGUGUCCCGAAAGUAGAAUGCUGUGCAUAGCUGGAGUUUCAGCUCAUGUCAUCAUUUAUAGAUUCAGCAAACAAGAAGUGAUUACAGAAGUCAUUCCGAUGCUUGAAGUUCGAUUGUUGUAUGAGAUAAGUGAUGUGGAAACCCCAGAGGGUGAACAGGCACCACCUUUGCCAACACCGGUUGGGAGUGCCAAUCCACAGCCCAUCCCUCCUCAGUCUCAUCCUUCUACCAGUAGCAGUUCAUCUGAUGGGCUUCGGGACAAUGUCCCUUGUUUGAAAGUUAAAAGUUCUCCACUUAAACAGUCUCCAGGUUAUCAGACAGAAUUAGUUAUACAGUUGGUGUGGGUGAGUGGAGAACCACCACAACAAAUAACCAGUCUGGCAGUUAAUUCUUCCUAUGGAUUGGUAGUUUUUGGCAAUUGUAAUGGCAUUGCGAUGGUUGACUACCUCCAGAAAGCAGUACUCCUCAACCUGGGCACUAUUGAAUUGUAUGGCUCCAAUGAUCCUUAUCGGAGAGAACCCCGAUCUCCUCGUAAAUCUCGACAACCUUCAGGAGCAGGUCUGUGCGACAUUAGUGAAGGGGCAGUAGUCCCAGAAGAUCGCUGCAAAUCUCCAACUUCCGGUUCUUCAUCACCCCACAAUUCAGAUGAUGAACAAAAAAUGAAUAAUUUUAUAGAAAAGGUGAAGAUCAAAAGCAGAAAGUUUUCCAAGAUGGUAGCCAGUGAUAUAGCAAAAAUGUCAAGGAAGUUAAGCUUGCCUACUGACCUAAAGCCUGACUUGGACAUAAAAGAUAAUUCCUUCAGCCGAUCACGGAGCUCAAGUGUAACCAGCAUUGAUAAAGAAUCCCGGGAAGCAAUCUCUGCUCUUCAUUUCUGUGAAACUUUUACUCGAAAGACAGAUUCAGCCCCUUCCCCGUGUUUGUGGGUUGGUACUACACUGGGAACAGUGCUUGUCAUCGCACUGAACCUUCCCCCGGGAGGAGAGCAAAGACUUCUUCAGCCAGUGAUUGUGUCUCCGAGUGGUACUAUAUUGCGGUUAAAAGGGGCGAUCCUGAGAAUGGCGUUCCUGGAUUCCACAGGCUGCUUAGUGCCACCUGCACAUGAACCCUGGAAAGAACACAAUGUCCCUGAAGAAAAGGAUGAGAAAGAGAAAUUGAAGAAAAGAAGACCUGUCUCUGUAUCUCCCUCCUCCUCUCAGGAAAUCAGUGAAAACCAGUAUGCAGUAAUAUGCUCUGAAAAGCAAGCAAAAGUGAUCUCAUUGCCAAGCCAGAACUGUGCUUACAAGCAGAACAUCACAGAGACCUCAUUUGUGCUUCGUGGGGACAUUGUGUCAUUAAGUAACGGCAUCUGCCUUGCCUGCUUCUGUGCCAAUGGACACAUCAUGACUUUCAGUUUGCCGAGUUUAAGGCCUCUGCUGGAUGUGUAUUACUUGCCCCUUACCAACAUGCGGAUAGCCAGAACGUUCUGCUUCACCAACAACGGACAAGCCUUGUACCUUGUCUCACCUACAGAAAUCCAGAGACUCACUUACAGUCAAGAAACCUGUGAGAAUCUUCAGGAAAUGUUGGGUGAACUCUUCACUCCUGUAGAAACACCUGAAGCACCAAACAGGGGAUUCUUUAAAGGCUUGUUUGGAGGUGGUGCACAAUCUCUCGAUAGAGAAGAACUAUUUGGAGAAUCGUCCUCAGGAAAGGCUUCAAGGAGUCUUGCUCAGCACAUCCCUGGCCCUGGUGGCAUUGAAGGCGUAAAAGGAGCGGCAUCUGGAGUUGUUGGUGAACUCGCACGAGCGAGGCUGGCACUGGACGAGAGAGGGCAGAAACUUAGCGACCUGGAAGAAAGAACAGCAGCUAUGUUAUCCAGUGCAGAUUCAUUCUCUAAACAUGCUCAUGAGAUGAUGUUGAAAUACAAAGAUAAGAAGUGGUACCAGUUCUGAUAACCAGAAACCCAGCUAAAGUUCAACAUCAGCCAGAAGGAAAAAGAAUUUUCCUUUUUUAUGUUAUUGAUUUCACUUUAGGAAAGUUAACAAGAAAGGGAUGUUUGUCACUGGAUACUGCUCUUUCCUAGCACAAUCACGCCCUGUCUUACCUCAGUCGUGUGGCUUUAACUGAGGCGUGCUCACACACACUCAACGAGGAGUAGAUGGUGCGGGCCAGCUAUGAGCUGACAGUCUGGGAAUUAGGAUGGUGGUCACACGUUACAAAUGAAGAAACAGAGGGAUCUGAGGAGACGUGGCAGGGACUAUUCCUGGAUCAUUCCUGGAUUAAACUUUCAUAUGCCAACAGACUCCGUGCUGUCCUGUUUGCCAUCAGUGUUUGACCUCUUUGAGGGAGAGGCAGUAAGUCAGAAGUCUCGAAGCCAAAAGAGUUAUGUUUGUGUCAUUGACUGAAGUAUAAACUGCUGUCUUGGACUUUCCCUCCCUUCAACUGACUGGUCAUCAGUAUCAAUAGUGAAAAAAAAAAACAACAAACCGUUUGUUACCAUAUCUUUAGACAGAUAAGCUGAAUGGUGGGCUUUAAAUAAUAAAAACAUACACAUAGUUGACUUGUGUAUGGCUACUCUUGGAUUCUUGUUAUUGUAUACUUGUGUUUAGUCCAUAUUUUGUCAAAAGCAAAACAAGGCGAUACAUCACUUUUCAUUGAAAAGAAAAGUGUAGAGCAUGACUGAACUGCUCAUCAUUCUGGGAGUUUCCAUGUAGUGACUGUGCGAUGUGGAAAGUGAGAGAAACCUCCAUUGUGCCGAGGAGAAUACUUCAGUGUCUCUUGCCAUUGUGCUCAUUAAUUCAGCUAAAGGUGGAUUUGACCAAAAUACUUACUGGUUAAA